AUGGCCUCGUCCGCAGCAAGGAUAACCUUCCGCAUACUCAUCAUAGCUCUGGUUCUUCUGGUCCUCUUCUACGUCGGUCGACCUCUCUACUGGAAAAUCUCCGCCACCAUCCACGAGAUCCGCGAAAACAAACAGACCGUUCAACAAGGUUUGUCGAAGAUCGUUCUGGAAGCUCAGAAAUCGGUGGGUUGGUACCACGACGAAUCGGAUUCGGGCUCCCGCGUAGAUCGGGUCGCGAAGAACGUCGGGUUGGCCACGACCCGGAGGCUAUUGCUCCACCAGGUUUCAUGA